AUGUUUCAACCCACACCGAAAAGGUGUUUUACCAUCGAAUCGUUGGUGGCGAAGGAUAAUCCGCAGCCGGCGUCCAGGUCCGAGGAGCCCAUCCGACCGGCGGCGCUCAGCUAUGCAAAUUCCAGCCAGAUGAACCCGUUUCUCAACGGCUUUCACUCGGGCGGCAGGGGCGUCUACUCGAACCCGGACUUGGUGUUCGCCGAGGCGGUGUCGCACCCGCCCAACUCGGCCGUCCCGGUCCACUCUGUCCCCCCGCCGCAUGCGCUGGCUGCCCACCCGCUGCCCUCCUCGCACAGUCCGCACCCUCUGUUUGCCAGUCAGCAAAGAGACCCUUCAACUUUCUACCCUUGGCUAAUUCACAGAUAUAGGUAUCUGGGACACAGAUUCCAAGGCAACGAAACGAGCCCGGAAAGCUUUCUUUUACACAACGCACUGGCCAGAAAGCCCAAAAGAAUACGGACUGCGUUCUCCCCCUCGCAGCUGCUGCGGCUCGAACACGCUUUCGAAAAAAACCAUUACGUUGUUGGAGCGGAGCGCAAACAGCUCGCACACAGCCUUAGCCUCACAGAAACUCAGGUAAAAGUUUGGUUUCAGAACCGAAGAACCAAAUUCAAACGGCAAAAGCUGGAAGAGGAAGGUUCGGACUCGCAGCAGAAAAAGAAGGGAACCCAUCACAUAAACCGCUGGAGACUCGCCACGAAGCAGGGCAGCCCGGAGGAAAUCGACGUCACCUCGGACGAUUAAAAGACUGACUUUCUGCUCGCGGGACAUCGGAGUGAAGGAUGACACUGAUAACAAUACUGUGUAGCAGAGAGAUUGAGGGUAAAAAGACAGUAUAACAAUGCGAUGCGAUGCUUUGGAGAUUCGGCAGCUGAUGGUGAGAGAAGUCCGACCGGUGGUACUGCUGUCACGACCACGGAUCUGUCAAUCCCAUUCAAAAAUACCAAGGCAAGUUGAUUGACAGAUGUCACGUGCAGAUACCCACCGCCACACACCCUCUACACGCACCCCUCCCCACCCCCACCCUGCGCACACACGACGGGUUAUCUCCGUUAAAAGCACCCACGACAAAAAAAGGAAGGGAAAAAAAAAAAAAAAAAAAAACGAACCCAACGCGUAUUGGACAUUUGCACUUAUAAGACAUUCUAAAUAUAACGUUCCACUCAAGAUACCAAAACACACAACUUUUUUUCUACAACCUGAAUUGCA